UUUUUUUUCUUUUGCAUCCAAAGAAGUUUGCAGCGCCUUUGGCUCCGCCUGCUCCUCGGCCAGCCUCCCAUCGCAGUUGCACACUCCGACAGACACACAUACACACACGCCUCCCCCGUGCAGGCUUGCCAAGCGCCUCUGAUGUGCACGAGCUCGCGGGCUUUAAAGCACAGGGCGCUCGCCGCUGCCCGCUCGCCCGCUAACCCCUGGGCUCGCCGGGGCCCCUUGCAGACAGGCGCUCGCCCGGCCCACUGGGGGGUCUGCGGGCUGUCACGGACGCCUGGCUCCCACGCACAGGCGAGCCGGGACUGGCAAAGGUCUCUGUCCCGGGGCACCGCGGCACCCGCUAGUCCGGAGUCUCCAAAGGUGCAUCCUCGUCGCCCAUGAGCCGGUGACGGCCCCCAGCCCCCGGGGGAUGGCGAGGCCCUCGAGCGACAGGUCCCCAGCCCCACAGCUGCUGGGCGGCCCAGCGGGAGGCGCGGCGCUGCAUGGCCUGCGAAGCCUCCUGCAGGGGCCCGGGAAGACCAAGGAGCUGCCGGCCAGCUGUCUCCUGAAGGAGAAGGAGCGCAAGGCGGUGGCCAGCGGCAGUGAGGAAGUGGGUGGCCUUUUGGGGGUCUCGGGCCGGCCCCGCUCGGGCCCGGGCCCCGGCGCCCUGCUGGCCUCGCUGCUGUGGGAGCGGCCACUGCCCUUCGGCGACGUGGACGACGUGGACCUGGACGCCUUCCUGUUGGAGCACGGGCUACCGCCCAGCCCCCCGGACCCCGGGCCGCCGGCGCCCCGCGCAGCCCCCGCCCCUAACGCCGUCGCCCCGUCCUGCUCUUCGAGCUCCUCGUCCCCGUCCCCAGGGCACGCAGCCCCGAGCCGCGCGUCACUCUCUCCCCCGCCUUCUCACUCUUGCCCAGGCCCGGCCUCCCGGGACACCCCCAGCCCUGUGGACCCCGAGUCUGUGGAGGUGCUGAUGACCUUUGACCCCGAUCCAGCUGACCUGGCCCUGUCCAGCGUCCCAGGCCAGGACACUUUUGACCCCCGGAAGCAUCGCUUCUCUGAGGAGGAGCUGAAGCCCCAGCCCAUCAUGAAGAAGGCUCCCAAGAUGCAGGUGCCUGAGGAGCAGAAGGACGAGAAAUACUGGAGCCGUCGCUACAAGAACAAUGAGGCUGCCAAGCGCUCUCGGGACGCCCGGCGGCUGAAGGAGAACCAGAUCUCUGUGCGGGCAGCCUUCCUGGAGAAGGAGAACGCCCUGCUCAGACAGGAGGUGGUGGCGGUUCGCCAGGAGCUCUCCCACUACCGGGCGGUGCUGUCCCGCUACCAGGCCCAGCACGGGGCCCUGUGAUGCUGUGGCUCCCCAGUGCCCCUGAACCCCGACCCUAGCCAGCCCUACCCCUGGACACUGCCUCCUGGCCCUGACUGGCUGCCAGCCUGGGCUGGCUUCUUUGUUUCUGCCUCCACCCCCAGGACAUUCUCCUCUAGGAAGGACCCUGGGCCCCUCAUCCCAAGUUCUUGGCAUACUGGGACCAGCAGGCUCUUCCCAGGAACAUUGCCAGCUGGACCUCGUACAGCCCUGGGCAGGACUUUGGCCUCCUCCCUGGCCAGGACUGAGGGGCCAGGCCCAGGUGAAGUACCCCAAGAUCAGAGGAUCCCACAGCAGCCCUGUUCUUGUCCCUUGAACUCUUCCCCCGUCUGCCCACUGGUGUGGCCAUGGGCUGGACAUCUGGGCUCCUCAAGGGGCUAAGGCCCAGGGAAUGGUUAGGGCAAGGUGCUGAGAUGAUGAUAAAUCAAUCAAUCAAUCUA